AUGUACUGCUUCAUACUUCUGUUAUUAUUGUACUGUCCAAGUGCUUUCACAACAUUACAUAAGCGACAAAUAGAAGAUGACGUUACAAAAGUUGUACUUCAAAUGCCUGGAUAUGUGCCUCAAGUGCCCGAUGAAUACGGAGUGUUACCGCGAGAAGCACCUCCAGGAUACAUCGUCGGAUUUGAACCACUUGCUGUAAUGGACCGUAUACAUCACAUUUUGAUCUUUGGAUGCACCAAACCAGCUCAUACUUCAAUUUGGAAAGGUUACGAGGUCUGUGGAGAAGGUGUGCCGCGAGUCCUCUAUGCUUGGGCGAGAAAUGCUCAGCCGCUUUACUUGCCGAAUAAUGUUGCAUUCAGCGUCGGUCAUGAAGAUGAUAGCGUCAAGUAUUUUGUAAUGCAGGUCCACUAUGCAAAGCCAUUCGUCGGCGAUGUGAUAGACUACUCUGGAGUUACUAUCCAUAUGACCCAGAACAGACCAGAAAAUUUUGCUGACAUACUUCUUAUGGUUUAUGCUGCUCCCGUUCCUCCGGGCAGACAUCACAUUCAAUUGGAUGUGAGCUGCUUGUAUCGAGGCGACGUCGACUUACACCCGUUUGCAUUCCGAACUCAUACUCAUGCCAUGGGCCGAGUAGUGUCGGCAUUCUACAAGCAUGAGGGACAUUGGAAGAAAAUCGGAGUGAGACAUCCACACUGGCCUCAGAUCUUCCAAACUAUCGAACAUAAUCCUGUAAUCAGGAAAGGGGACCUAAUAGCUUCGACCUGCCGAUUUGACUCGCAUACCAAGACGCAGCCAACACCAAUGGGGCCGCUUGAUAUGUGUAACUUCUAUAUGAUGUACUACUACAAUGCGAGCGAAAAGAAUCCAUUCCCGAACGGCUCAAUGUGCGUGGGCAAUGAAAAACCUACUGAAGUAAAAAAUUAUCCUAUGGAAGGUACACGAAUACUACCGGCUCGUCCGGUUUUGGAGCGUUCAUCACAUGCAACAGGAAUAGCCUUCGGUGUCGUCGAAAAAGGAGCGUUCACUAGCGUUGGAGAUGUGAAACUUGGUCAAAUUGCUUCAUUAGCUUUCCAAGACGAGAGAAUCUUCGCAAUCUUCCAUAGAGCCGGAAGAGUAUGGGGCGAAAAAACUUUCGAUCAGCAUAAUGUGCUCGUUGAUCAGACACCGAUCAAGAACGAUGUGAUCCUGAUAGUUGCUUUGGAGGGUAAUGAACUUCACCUGGUAAAGAAGCUAGGCCGGGGCAAAUUCUACCUACCACAUGGAAUUCAUAUCGACAACGAAGGUUUCUUGUACACUGCUGAUGCUGGCUCGCAUACUGUGGCGAAGUGGAAAAUUGAAAAUAACAACUUGGACUUGAUCUGGGAAAGUGGUACAAAACUAAUUCCUGGUAACGGUAACACUCAUUUCUGCAAGCCAACUGCCGUCGUCACAAAUGACGAAGGUGUUUUCGUCGCCGAUGGCUAUUGCAAUAAUCGAAUAGUGCAAUUAGACAAAGCAACUGGCAAAAGACUGUUCGAAUUCGAGGGACAGCUAAAUGUCCCGCAUGAUAUUGCAACAUCUUUCCCUGGCCCUGGAUUCCAUCUGUUUGUGGCUGAUCGUGAAAAUGGCAAAGUUAAAGAAUUCCACACCAGGGGAGACCUUGUAACGGAAUGGGCCUCACCCCUCUUUACAAAUAUUUAUGCAGUAGAUGUGCACGAUGAUUAUGUUUUCAUGGUCCCCGGACGAGCUGGAGGUUUCCCCGGACCUGCUCGUGUAUAUGCGGGUCGAACUGCUACUCCAUUUAUUGAGUACUCCUUUGCACCCACGAGCCGUCCGUUCGGUGAACCACAUGCCCUAAGAGUAUCUCCUGAUGGUUACCGUAUCAUAGUUGGUGAUAAUUCCAAGCCAACGCUGUUCUUGUUCCAGAUACAACCCGUACACGCCACAUCGCAAUUUUCGCUAAGUUUUCAUGAGUCCCAUGAUCAGUAUGUCUAUAAUGGAUUUGUCAAUGCACCGGCAGUGAUUAUGACAGCGCUAGCAGUCACCAUACUUGUCGGGGGAUUUGUCAAAAUCUUAGCAGGCAGAAGAAGAACGAUUGCGGAAAUACGCGAACCUGGAAAAUUCGAUAAGAAGGGCUACAAGCCUCUCGACAAAGAUGACACAGCUGCUCUAAUAAGCGAAGGUUCCGAGAAUGAAGAACCAUAGUUCUCAUAUAUAUUCCUUGUAUGGUUUAAUUGAGUAUUGAUGGUUUUAUUUCCCUUCUUCUAUUCAUUCUAAGCAUUUAUAGUCUUUAUGUAUACAACAUGUUGUAUCCAAUCUUCUCCCAGGUUGUGAUUAUAAGUGCGUCGCAUAGCGACAUUUGGGUGUCCAGAUCGUGCAUUUCCACUUUUAAAUUUUCAUCAUAUUUUGUAUCGAUGCCGCUUUAUGUUGAAAAUUUGAUUUCUCUCUACUUACCGCAGUCUCAUUGUGCAGUGACAUCAUUGAUCAAUUCAAAAGAAAUUUUUAGAUAUUUUCUACUUUGAGGAGUGCUACUUACGCCCUUUUCUAUACCGACAUCCAGCUAUUUUAGUCUGAUACCUUCAAAAGGAAAAGAAAACAUUAAAGUUGUUAACAGCCCAAAAAGCUUGAAACCUGAUAUAAUCGUGCUUCUAGUAAAAGUCUCUUCUUUCGUGCUCCCUUGUCCUAAAAAAUUUUAUUACUACUAUUGACGUCAGUCUUUGUGAGAGAUGGUUGAGACUCGUGAUAUUCUGUGAAC